AUGAUUCGUAGACGGGCAGAAGGCACAACAACAAAAACAAGAACAACAAUGAAGGCAGAACCAUCACAAUUCAGAGACAGGGGCGGCAGGCACAACUACAACAUCAACCAAGGCAGAACCAUCACGAUUCGCAGGCAGGGGCAGCAGGCAGAACAACAUCUAAGGCAGAACCAUCACGAUUCGCAGGCAGGUUUGGCAGGCACAACAACAACAAAGACAAAGGCGGAACAUCACCCUGCGCAGGCAGGGGUCAGCAGGCACAACAACAACAACAACCAAGGCAGAACCAUCACGAUUCGCAGGCAGGGGCAGCAGGCACAACAACAACAAAAGGCGGAACAUCACCCUGCGCAGGCAGGGGUCGUCAGGCACAACAACAAAACAACAACAACAAUGAAGGCAGAACCAUCACAAUUCAGAGGCAGGGGCAGCAGGCACAACUACAACAUCAACCAAGGCAGAUCCAUCACGAUUCGCAGGCGGGGUCGUCAGGCACAACAACAACAACAAGAACCAAGGCAGAACCAUCACGAUUCGCAGGCAGGUUCGGCAGGCACAACAACAACAAGGACAAAGGCGGAACAUCACCCUGCAAGGCAGGGGUCAGCAGGCACAACAACAACAACAACCAAGGCAGAACCAUCACAAUUCGCAGGCAGGGGUCGGCAGGCACAACAACAACAACAGCAACCAAGGCAGAACCAUCACGAUUCGCAGGACGGGGCGGCAGACACAACAACAACAACAACCAAGGCUGAACCAUCACGAUUCGCAGGCAGGGGUGGCAGGCACAACAACAACAACAACAACAACAACAACAAAGGCGAAACAUUUCCUUGAUCAGGAAGGGGUGGGAGGCAGAACAAUAACAACAACCAACGCAGAAGCCUCACGAUUCGCAGGCAGGGGCGGCAGACCGAAGAACAACAACAACAAAGGCAGAAUAUCACCCUGCGCUGGCAGGGGCAGCAGCCACAACAACAACAACAAUCAAGGCAGAACCAUCACGAUUUGCAGGCAGUAG